AUGCUCUGGAUGUGUUGGCUCCAGCGUCAGAUGAGCUUGCUUCGAAGGUUAUCAACUUUAAUUAAUUUUAAACUUGGUGCACUCUUUGAUGCUUCACAGUACGAAUUUUUUGGCCAACAUGCUGUGGAAGAAGUGGAUUUGGGUGGUUUAGAAGAUGCAAGUGACAAUCUUGUGCUUGGACCUGCUGAUGAUGAGUAUCGUUUGUUUGAUAGAGAUGAAGGUGUAGGUUUAGGAUCUUUAUCCGAAAUUGAUGAUCUGGCAAGUACUUUUGCUAAGUUGAACAGAGUUGUAACGGGACCAAGAAAUCCAGGAGUUAUUGGUGACAGAGGAUCUGGAUCCUUUUCUAGGGAAAGUUCAUCUGCCACUGAUUGGGGACAAGAUGGAGAGUUUGCUAGCUGGUUAGAUCAACAAAUGUUCAGUGCAGAAAAUGCUCAGGAUGGCAAGAGAUGGUCAUCACAGCCCCAACCUUCUUCUGCUCGUUUCUCAGAAUCAAAACCUCUGUACAGAACUUCCUCAUAUCCCCAGCAGCCACUACAGCAGCCUCACUUCGCAACUGAACUGAUUCCUGUACCCAAAUCAAAUUUCACAUCUUUCCCCCUCCUGGCGUUUCGCCACACCACCUUAAUGUUACUUCUCUUGCUGCAUGGGUUACAUUAUAGUGGAAAUCUGCCCCAGAUCUCAUCUCCUGGCCUUUCUUUUAAUAACAGGCCACAAAAACAUUGGGUCAACCAUGCUGGCCUGUUACAUGUAGAUCAGUCUAGGCUCUUACAGAGUAUAUUGCAACAACAAUUAUCCCAUCAAAAUGGUCUAAUGUCUGCCCAGUUGAUGUCACCGCAGCAGCAAUUGCAACAGCAGAGACUGCACCCUUCAGUUCAAUCAUCAUUGGCUCAUUUUGCAGCAAUGCAAUCUCAACUCUUUAAUGGCCAUCCUUCAUCGUUACAUAUCAGGGAUCACAAACAUAAGUCAUCCCAAAGAAACCGGCGCUUUUCGCAAGGCUCUGACACUAGUAGUCAGAAAAGUGAUAGUGGCUGGGUGCAAUUUCGAUCCAAGCAUAUGACAGCUGAUGAAAUAGAGAGUAUUCUGAAAAUGCAGCAUGCUGCCACGCAUAGUAAUGACCCGUAUAUAGAUGAUUACUAUCACCAAGCUUCUCUUGCCAAAAGAUCUACUGGGUCAAGAGUUAAACAAAAUUUCUGCCCAUCUCACUUGAAGGAUCUCCCUUCUAGAUCUCGUAACAGUGCGGACCAGCAUUCUCAUCUCCAUUUUGAUGCUCUUGGGAAGACUCCCCUCCCUCCCAUACGUAGGCCUCGCCCCUUCUUGAAGUUGAUCCUCCUGUUUCUGGAACCUAUGCUUGCAGCUAGAAUCACCAUUGAAGAUAGCCUGUCUGUUCUUCUUGAUGUAGAUGAUAUUGACCGUUUCCUGCAGUGUAAUCAGCCCCAAGAUGGUGGGGCUCAACUCAGGCGUAGGCGGCAGAACUUGCUUGAAGGACUGGCAGCGUCGCUUCAGCUUGUUGACCCACUUGGCCAAACUGCUAAAACUGUUGGACUGGCCUCAAAGGAUGACAUUGUGUUCCUGCGGUUAGUAUCUCUUCCCAAGGGUCGAAAGCUUAUCUGUAGGUUUCUUCAGCUUCUAUACCCUGGCAAUGAACUCACCCGAGUUGUCUGCAUGGCUAUUUUCCGUCACUUGAGGUUUUUGUUUGGUGGGAUUCCCUCAGAUACGGGAGCAGCCGACACAACUACAAAUCUCACAAAUAUAGUUUCUGCAUGUGUAAAUGGCAUGGAUCUUCAUGCAUUGAGUGCUUGCCUUGUUGCGGUAGUUUGUUCUUCAGAGCAGCCACCGUUUCGGCCUCUUGGUAGUUCUGCUGGGGAUGGGGCCACAGUUAUUUUGAAGUGUCUUCUUGAAAGGGCUAGUAAACUAUUACAUGGUCCUCAGUCUUCUGCCAACUGUGCUAUGCCCAAUUUUGCUCUCUGGCAGGCAUCAUUUGAUGAAUUUUUUGAUCUUCUUACAAAGUACUGCCUGAUUAAAUAUGAUACAAUACUGCAAUCAGUCUAUGCAAAGACACCACCUAGUACAGAAGGUAUUGAUUCAGAGGUGCAUGCAGCUACAAAACGAGAAAUGCCAGUUGAGCUUUUACGAGCUUGCCUUCCUCAUACGAAUGAACACCAGAUGGAGCUUUUAAUACAUUUUGGGCAGCAACGGAAUACCAGUACUGGCCUGAGUGCACAUCAAGGGAAUAGUGGCCACAUAACCUCUGAAUCAGUAAGGAGUUGA